AUGUCCGGCUAUCAAGCAUCGAGCGAUGCCGAAUACGGUGGUUUGUCGCAGGUAGAUGGCCAUAGGACACCACCCGAAGCGGGUGCAAACAGGUGCGCGCUUCACGAUCACAGAUACUCCUCGUGGCUGUGAGAUCUUAGGACUCGCUAACACGCCUCUUUCCGUUCGCCGGCACGCCGUUCAAAGUGUGCCCCUUCAUUUGAAGCAGCGCGCAAGCUCGCCCAGAUCUGCUCGUACCUUCGGCGGCGCCGAAGGUAAGCUUCGGAGCUCUAGUAUGGCGCGGGCAACGUCCGAUGGCUCUGCGCAAUCUCAGCCUCCCAACGACGGGUUCCAUGAGCGCGAAUUUGCAGAAGAGGAGGAAGACUGGGAGGCUUACGAUGACUCGGACGAUGAUGGGACUGCUCUUCCUCAUGUCCGAGCAGCCCCGCUUCCUACACACCCUCCUUCUCAGGAACCUGCUCAAUCGCGUCGAUCUGCACGGGAAGGAUCGCACGCAGCCUCCUCCGAUGCCGACGAUAGACUUCAGGAUCAGCUCGGUGAUCCUUCAAAGCCUCCCGCCCACGGUAAAAAUGGCGUCCAUGUUGGCCUCUCUGAAGGCGAUCUGCCCCCUCGACGCAUCAUCGGAGGCCUUGGUGCAGUAACACGUGAUGCCGUGCCAGGCGCUUUCCCAAUGGCUCGAAGUGUCAGCACUGAGCACGGUAGCGCCGCUAGUCUCAAUCGCUAUGACGACCGCAGAGAGACAUUCUACCGGCUAGCUGGUGCGCGCAGCAACCUGAACAGUUGGGCACCUUCUGCUGAGCCCCUUCGCGGUGGUAUGCCCGAAAUUUCCAAUCUUCCCAAUUGGUCCACCAUUCGCAGCGGGGAGCGAACUUCGCAGCCGAUCAGCAACGUGCAGCGCGACAUGGACUGGUCGAUGCGCAAGCUUAUCAAUGAAGACGUCUUCAAGCGCUUGCUGGAUGACCCGCUCGGUCGUCAUCGAUUCCGUGAAUGGCUCGUGCACAACCGCGGUACCGAGGCGAGGCUGGAUAUGCUCUACGAUACCAUGCAGGUGCGUUGAUCUUUGAUCACCAAAAGUAGAGGUACGAAUUUUAUCUGACGCGCUGCUUGCUUCUACGGUGCCGCCAGUUCGACAAGCAAAUGGUGGACGUCCGAACAACGUCGGAAGCGCUCUUCGACAUCUACUUGGCCGAAGACUCACCUAUGCACGUGGCACUGCCUCAAGAGCUGGGAGACCAAUACUUUGACACCUUGCGCAAGCAAUUCGAGCUCAAAGCAAGUCUUGACCAGACUGCCCAGCAUUUGCUAUCUUCGUUGUACAAGACAGAGUUCCAAAGCUUCGUGAAAGCGCAGCUCAUUGAACACAACAAGGUCAAGCUAGGCCGCUUCGACAACAAUGAGCGUACUGGGCUAGGCGAUUGGUGAGCGCAAAGCCGAUCUGGUCUGCCCCUUGUCGAAGUCUGCUCAUCCACAAGCCCCGGUGCCCCUGCAGCUACUGCCUGACCAACCCCAGGCUUCGCGAAAAUCCGAUCGUGCUCGUUUCUCCAGGUUUCACCGACCUGACAGGGUACCCGCCGGGCGCCAUCAUUGGACGCAAUUGCCGCUUCUUGCAAGGUCCAGGCACAGCUCCGGAGUCCAUACAGCGCGUUCGCGACGCCUUGAACGCUGGCGAGCCUUGCACUGAGCUGCUACUCAACUAUCGCCGGGAUGGCGCACCCUUCUUUUGCCUGCUCUCGAUUAUUCCCCUUAGAGACAGCUCGGGACAGCUCGUCUACUUUAUUGGCGCCCAAGUCAAUGUAUCUGGCGAGCUCGCAUCGGCUAAAGGUCUCGAUUUCCUAGUGGGAGGAGGCGAUGUCCCGCCCAGUGAGCUACAAUCUAGAGUCCACAGUGGCUAUGAAGCUUCUCCAAGCAUGCUUCGACACUUUGACGCUCAGCAGGACCCGAACCGCCCCAGUCCUGCAUCUCUAGCAGACGACGACAGCGGGGCAUGGGGUGCUCCCAGAGUGAACAGGAAGCUGGCCGCCGGAUCUUACGAGCCCACUUUGAGAAUGGGCCCAGGUCCAAGCCCAAAGAUUGACGGGCCUCUGUUCGAUGCGAACGCGGCCGGUGGAGGACGCAAAGGGCAAGGGUUUGUUGGCAAAUGGCUGACCCGCGGCAAGAGAAGCGACUCGUCUUCGGAGGGGUCAAGUCACCCUGCUCCCCGUAGAGACCGCGAGCGCGGACAGCUACUUACUGGUGCCGAAGGCCAGAUGCGAAGUGGUGCACACUCUCUGAGUGACCAGAUGGGUACGUCAUCGUGGUGCAGUCAAGCGCAUCGCCCUCUUUGUGCUGACGCGAAGGGCAUUCCUUUGCUUUGCAGGGUAUUUCACCGAGCUGUACGGCAAGAUGCUCAUCUUCAAAAGAUCGAAAAGAGAGAUCAUCUUUGCCACUCGCGAGCUGCUCGAGCUCGCAGGUCUUCCGACAGGAUCUUGGCGCGAUGUCUACGACUCUACCUUGAUUCACGCCGAUCUCCUCUCUUUGAUUCAAGGAAGCGAAAAGAGCGAGACGCGCGCCAUCCGCACCGCUGUGCAAGAGGCUGUACGCAACGGCACACACAUCAGCUUGCACGUCAUUCUGCGCGCAACCUCUCGAAGAGGUCGUUUGCUCGGGGGCUUGAAGGAGCUCAGCGGAUCAGACGUCCCUCGCUCAACCACCGUCCACAUUGCACCCCUGAAAGAUCGCGACAACAGCUCCUUUGCCUUUGUAGCCGUCUUUGCCUAAACCGCACUCGCUCCCAAGACGCGUUGCUGCUUACUUGUGUACAGUAGACGAGACGAUCCAUUUCGAUUCUGCCUCUCCCUGUGAUUGAUCCCUCAAGUUUCGUUGCGACGUCAACCAGCCACCGUACUCCCGACUGCACCUUGUCUCCUUGCUUCUUGAUGCUGCUGCAGAGAUCAAUGCUGAUUCUCGCUCCUCAAAUCUUAUGAUCAUUGUUGCUAAAUGUGGAGCCAGGAAGAGCACGCGCAAGUCGAAAAGCGGGCGCUUUGGCUGCAGGUCAAAGCUAUGUCAGCCGGUCGGUCACAAUGGUACUCACGACUCGGGCGGGUGAAGCGGCGUCUACGAGUGUUGGCUGGCGGCUGAGGCUUGUAUCGCACGGAGGCACACUCCCGAGCGUCUGCCUGCACCUGAGCCUUCCUUACCUGCACACGUUGACCCUGUCAGCAAGGCGUGUCAUAGUCUCGAGCAAGCGACUGCACCAGUCGUGAGUGUCCACACACUCGUGAUGAUCGACUCGUGACUCGUGACUCUUGACUCUGACUGUUCUUGCGCUCUCGGACACACGCUUAGCGCGAGGCGAUUCAUGCGGAGAAACACGCCAUUUUUCUUUUCUUUCCCCGCAAAAGUGGAGCGCUUCCACGCUAACACAGCCGGCGCACCCUUCCCGAAGACAAUCACGAUGCGCCUGCUGCAGAAGCUUUGCGGGAACCCCGCCAUCACCACAUCAAGUCGUGAGUGAUGCAUGCUCGCUUGCAAUCACCUCUGCUGACUGAAAUGCCUUUGCUGCGGGCAGAGGCUACAUCAUACCACUCUUCCGCGGAUCUGUGGACCAGAAGCAUGCACUCAUUUGCAUUCGCGACGCACGCAUCGAGCUAGCCAUGUCCGAUAAUGAGGUGAUAAAUAGGAAGAGGGAGCGAGCAUGACAAGGGGCGAGUCUUCCGGCUCAUGCUCCUGGCGGGACCUCGUGUGAAGGAGCUAGGAGAGAGCGGGACAACCGGAAAAAUUGCAUUCGGUGGGACAGUGAGCUGCUCCUGUGUGUAUGCCCCUCACGCUGCCGAAGUGACACCUCCCAGAUGGGCUCAUCACGCAGCGCUGCUUGUUCAACACCUUCUCUCACUCACUCCUUCUGGCUCGACCUUCCCUCGCUGCACUCCCUUCCUCUCGGUAACGGACACCUUACUUCUCCAACUUUCUCCCUUCCCUUAAUCCCUUCAUCCCUCAUCCCUCAUCCCCCCCCCCCCUUUCCCUCCACAUUUGCUUCAUUCCCUCAUCCCUUACAGUACGUGGCAAACAUGCUUUUCCCCCAGCUCACCUCGUCGUGGGCGGUGGUCGCUUUGACUUGCGCUUCCUCGGUGCGAGCACUGGCAUUUCCAAAGAGUUCCAUGAAGCAGCCAAGUCUUGACCCUUUCUACAAGGUACCCAUCAACAUCAGCGCUUACAAAGUCGGCGAGAUCAUCCGAGAGCGUCCUGUCGAUACCAUUGCUGCUGGAGCAAAGAGCGCUUAUCAGAUCCUGUACCGCACCAACACCGCCCUCGACAACGCAGAUGCUACCGUCGCGACGGUCUGGGCACCUUCGAAGUUGGCUCCUGGACCUCCCAAGAUUGUCUCAUUCCAGGCUCCAGAGGAUUCGGCUGCCUUUGACUGCGCACCUUCCUUUUCCGUCAUCAAAGACUCUCCUUCCAAUUCUUCGGGCGACACCUACGGCUUCUACAUCGACGCCAGCUUGUUCAACGGCUGGUACGUCGUGCAGCCAGACUUUGAAGGCUCUCUCUCUGCCUACAUCGUCGGCAAGAGCCAAGCAUACGGCGUUCUAGACGGUAUUCGGGCAAUUUUGAAGCACAAACCGACCAUUCCCGAUGCGACUGGCGCUCAAACCGUUCUAGCUGGCUACUCUGGCGGUGGCCACGCGUCAGCGUAUGCCGGACAAUACAAGCGUGCCUAUGCGCCAGAGCUCAACAUCAUUGGUAGCGCUUCAGGAGGCACGCCAGUCGAUCUCAAGCUGAUCCUGACCAACCUGAACAAGACUCCUUUUGCCGGGUACGCCAUCGCAGCGCUGGCGGCGUUCGUCAAGACUUUCCCUGACGUCAAUCAGUACCUGCGUUCCAUUCUCAAUGACCAAGGAAAGCAGGCCAUCGAAUUCCUGCAAUCUUACGCCUGCGUUCCUCAAGAACUUCUUCGCUUUGCUUUCGUCGAUUACUAUACCUACUUGACUGUUCCCUAUCAGCAAGCUCUCGCUGAACCCGUCGUUGUCAAGGCUCUGGAAGAAAACUUCCUCGGCAAAGGUCCUGGCGCAGUAGUGACCGACUUUCCUCGAUACCUGGUGAGCUCGAUGCUGUUCCUAUCAUAAGCACGCAGACGUUGCCCUGACCCCUUGCUGCUCGUCUGCAGUAUCACGGUGUCCUAGACGAGGUCAUCCCUCAAGCACCUGUUGCUCAAUACGUCAAGGACCAAUGCGCAGCUGGAUCCAAAGUGCGAUACCACACUGAUCUCAUCGCAGGCCACGUGCUCGAGGGUAUCGAGGGCUUCCUGCCCUCCUUCCAGUUCAUCAAAGACACCUUUGAUGGCAAGACUAAGAAUAUGGAGUGUACGGAAGAGCACAACAUUGUCUCGCUCUUGCCAAAUCUCUACAACGACUACGCCACCAAAUUGGUCGGCAAGGCCGCCCUGAACAAAGUCAAAGCCUUGAAUGGGAAGACCAUCGCUGGUGAAAGCAUCCACUUCUAG